UACACCUUCGUGGUGCGCGACGAGAACAGCAGCGUCUACGCCGAGGUCUCCCGGCUGCUGCUGGCCACCGGCCACUGGAAGAGGCUGCGGCGCGACAACCCGCGAUUUAACCUGAUGCUGGGCGAGCGGAACCGGCUGCCCUUCGGGAGACUGGGUCAUGAGCCGGGGCUGGUGCAGUUGGUGAAUUACUACAGAGGAGCUGACAAACUGUGUCGGAAAGCUUCGUUGGUAAAGCUAAUCAAGACCAGCCCAGAACUGUCUGAGUCCUGCACGUGGUUCCCUGAGUCCUACGUAAUAUAUCCAACUAAUCUCAAGACUCCAGUGGCUCCAGCCCAGAAUGGAAUCCACCCACCAAUCAAUAACUCACGGACAGAUGAGAGAGAAUUCUUCCUGGCGUCUUAUAACAAAAAGAAGGAGGGUGGAGAGGGCAACAUUUGGAUUGCAAAGUCCUCGGCUGGUGCCAAAGGUGAAGGCAUCCUCAUCUCCUCCGAGGCUGCGGAGCUGCUGGAGUUCAUUGACCACCAGGGCCAGGUCCAUGUCAUCCAGAAGUACCUUGAGCACCCUCUGCUGCUCGAGCCUGGUCAUCGCAAGUUUGACAUUCGGAGCUGGGUCUUGGUGGAUCAUCAGUAUAAUAUCUACCUCUAUGGAGAGGGUGUGCUUCGGACCGCUUCAGAACCAUACCGUGCUGAUAAUUUCCAGGACAAAACCUGCCACUUGACCAAUCACUGCAUUCAGAAGGAGCUCUCGAAGAACUACGGGAAGUAUGAAGAAGGAAAUGAAAUGUUCUUCGAAGAAUUCAACCAGUACCUUACAAGUGCUUUGAAUAUUACCCUGGAAAGUACUAUCCUACUCCAAAUCAAACAUAUCAUAAGGAGCUGCCUUAUGAGCGUGGAGCCCGCCAUCAGCACCAAGUACCUCCCUUACCAGAGCUUCCAGCUCUUUGGCUUCGACUUCAUGGUGGAUGAGGACCUGAAGGUGUGGCUCAUUGAGGUCAACGGCGCCCCUGCUUGUGCUCAGAAACUUUAUGCAGAGCUUUGCCAGGGCAUCGUAGACAUAGCCAUCUCCAGUGUCUUCCCGCCUCCAGAGAUGGAGCAGCAGCAGCAGCAGCAGCAGCAGCAGCAGCAGCAGCAGGCGGCCCAGCAGGCUGCAUUCAUCAAGCUCUGAUGGGCGGAGGUGCCCAGAGCUGCCUCAGAAUACGCACGGGGUCCAGCUUCAGGGGAAGAUGAAGUGACGCUCUCUGACACGCCAAAACACGUGGGAAAGAGGCAGCCCGGAUGGAUGGAGACCCUGGGAAGAACUCCCCAGGAAUGUGGAGCUCUCCACACUGCUAGUAAGACUUGAAGCAACUUCUCUGAGGGAGGCAGAAUGUCAUGCAAGGGGGGAAGAAAAACAACCAGAGACUUGAUUCUGUCGUGUUCGCCUCCUUUGGAAACCUUCCUUUUCUCCCAAGGCAGCGUUGUGAGCCACACCUGGCCUCCCUGGGGAUUGCGGACCGUGGGGACAUUUGGUUGGCGUCUUCCUACCUGCUGCAGCCUUAGUGCCUUAGCGCCGUUCCCAGUACCCUUUCUCUUCUCGGGCACAGAGUGGGUGCUAGAGCAUUGGGGAGGUAGCUGAUGCAUUUCCCCCUCACCGCCUCCCUGACACUCGGCCCCACUAAAUGCUGGCCACGCGUGCACCAACAGGCCUGGGGCUCAUGCUGGGCACACCCUCGCAGUGAAGGGAGCUUUCCUUGCCACUGUCCUGAUGGUGUUUGAUCAAUCACCUGCCAGGGGUGGUGCUGGCUGGGUCCCAAAACAGCACCUGCUGCUCUCAGUCUGAUCUCUGCAUGUUCUAGCAACAAAGCAAGUCUGUCCAAACCUGUGUACAUGGAAUAAGUAUGAGAGAGAGAACACGUGUUACCUUGCUCUGCUUACCUGAGUGGGUGUUAGAAAAAGGAUGGUUUGCAAUUAUGUUUGUUUUUAUCCGAGUUCUGAAUGCACUUUUGCAGAGUUGCUUUA